AUGCAUAUCUACUAUCUUCCCAAGGUCAUGGGCAGCGACGAGCAGCAUCGUCACCACUGGCUCACAGCUGUGGUCUGGCUCGCCUAUGACAAGUGCCCAGAUGAACUCAGGAAUUUCUCUCCUCGUGGAAUCAGUUAUUCGACAAGCCCUGGCGCAUUCGACACGAAGCGCACUAACACACUUUACGUCGCAAAGAACGGUGCUGGACCAGCGACUCACCCUGUAGUUACCUACGAUGCCGGCCAGAUCCUUUUCCCCUCUGAUGUCGGGCCCAAUGGUGCCUUGAGCCCGCCCCUGAUCGGCUGGGGUCGCUUGCCUCAGCUCGCCAAGGACCAGUUCAACGGAAUCCAAUACGAGCACACCAAGGUUCCAUUCAGCGACGCCAACUUCCAAAGCUACCUCGACGCAGCUUACGACGACGCCUUUUUCGUCGGCGUGUCGGAUGUGAUGGACUGUCAAUCUUCGAGUCCAUCUCCGACCGACAAUGAUCCCGAUUUUGCUGAUACGCCUACUUCCACUUCGCCGGCGUCCCAGCCCACACAGUCCGAUGAUUUCUAA